AUGUCGAUUGAAGAAAAAGACGAAAAUGUAUUUGAAAUAGUUUGGCUUGGAAACUCAUCAGAUAAAAUAGUAUCGCAAAUGAAUAUUAGAAAUAAAUUUACAGAUGAUAAUCAAUUAAAAGAAUAUCUUAUUGAUAAAAUCGAUGGUUCAAUAAUCGUUAUUCUAUCGAGUAGUAUAUCAUUCGAUAUUCAAUCUCUAAUUGAAUAUUCACAGCUUUGUGCUAUUUAUGAUGAAAAAUUCGUUUGUUUAUAUUGUUUACCUGAAAUGAUGUCAUCAGUUGAUAUAUAUUUGAAAAAUCAACAACAAGAUAAAAUAAAAAAUAAAUCGAAACAAUCAUAUUUAUCUAAUAUAUUAUUAAUUAUUAGAAAAUAUUGGUUUCUUGUUGGUUUAUUUAUAUCAAUAUUAUUAGGAUAUUUAUUUCCAAAUAUUGGAAAAACAGGUGGUUAUAUUCGUUCAGAAUGGACUGUUAAAUAUGGUUGUAUUAUAUUUAUUUUCUUUCUUAGUGGUUUAUCUCUUGAAACAAAACAACUUACGAAAGAAAUAUUUCAUAUUCGU